AUGAAUUUUUUCAAAGAGUACCUCGUGUGGGUGAUCAUCGCAGCCAUUUUGAUCUUAAUCGUACUGUUUGCGUUGGUUUUUGGAGUUUGCUACGCAAUCCAAGUAAAGAGGAAAGAGACAGAACGAUUGAACCAGAUGUGGCGUAUACCAUUCAUCGCCCUUGAAUCCACGAGUAAAAAGGUGAGAAGCAUUAAGUUCCGAGAGCGAUGUAACCCAUCACGGGAUGUAUUUCCAGAAAGAAGAGCACAGCCGUCGAUCUUUGCAAAGUGGUAG